AUGCAGAGUCUUUGCUGCUCCCAGCUUCUGCUGCUGCUGCUUCUGCUGCUGAGAGGUGCUGAAAACACUGCAGCUCAAAAAGCCUGUGGCCGACCCAUAGUACACUCCCCUCGGAUCGUUGGGGGGCAGAAGGCUGAGGAAGGUGAAUGGCCAUGGCAGGUCAGCAUACGAGAAAACAGGCUACAUGUGUGUGGUGGAAGCCUCAUCUCACCCCAGUGGGUAGUGACAGCUGCUCAUUGUUUUGAAGGGUCGCUGAAUCCAUUUCGGUACCGAAUUCACCUGGGAGAAUAUGAACUCCCCAAGCCAGCACACACUAUGGUCCCAGCUGCUGUCAGCCAGAUCAUAGUGCACCCGUAUUAUGCUGGCGAUGGGCUCAGCGCUGACAUUGCACUGGUACGGCUGGAGGAGCCGGUAAAUUUCUCUCGGACCAUUUUGCCCAUCUGCCUGCCCAAUGCUUCAGACUCCGAUUCUUUCCCUGUGGGGAUGUCCUGCUGGGUCACUGGCUGGGGUGACCUCUACCCAGAAGCCCCCUUCCUCACUCGGAUCUUGCAGGAGCUGGAGGUGCCAAUCCUAGACGUUGACAAGUGUGACCAAAUGUACCACAAUGACUCCAGUUCUGACACUGACACUGUGCCAAAGGGCUACAAGCUGAUCUAUGAUGACAUGAUCUGCGCUGGGUACCCAGAAGGAAAGAAGGACUCCUGCCAGGGUGACUCUGGGGGGCCUCUGUCCUGCAAGCUGAACGACACUUGGUUCCUGGCUGGAGUGGUGAGCUUUGGGUUGGGUUGUUCGCAGCCCAACCGCCCUGGAGUCCACACCCGGGUCACCUCCUACGUGGACUGGAUUCAACGCACCAUGGCAAAGAACACCCCCUCCAGUGGUGCUGCCCGCCUCUCAAGUGCCACCCCUGCUCUCCUCUUGACUCUCCUUCUCCUGGGCCCUUUUGCCCUGCUGAGGCACUGCUGUUCUGCUACCAGCUGGAAGUGCAAUUAA